ACCCACACUUAACACCGCCACCGGGCUGCUUGAAAUAAUGACUCGAUCCGACGCCUUCUUAGCCACUGCCGUCGCCCUGAUGGCGGCGGCGGGCUCCUACCCGUCGACCUUCGCCUCGGCGCUUGAGCUAACUGCAGCGAACUGCGACGACCUCGGCGCCCUGCCCACAACGCUGACCGAAGACACAAAUUUGCUCCUCGAUGUGCCUACCAUCACGUACGGGAACCCCGACUUGAACUGGAUCUCCUGCGACACGAUAACAACUGUCCACGUCGACGGGCCGUACAAAUUUAUCGUCACGACCGACAUGGACAACUACAACUUCCAGAACGCGCGCUUCGAGGUGAAGGGCGGCGCCGACCUCACCUUCGAUAUCGAGGGUCGUUUUUCCUUCAACUACGCCGAAAGCCAGGGGACAGACGGUGGGGCGAUCUACGUGGAGAGCGGUUCGUCCGCGACUUUCGACGUGCCUAGCAAGGUCAACUUCGAGGGCAACACCGUCGAAGCCGGGUACUCCGGGGGAGUAGUGUACGCAGGCGGAGAGGUGGUGUUUACGGGCGACGCGGUGUUCAUUUCGAACGAAGCCCGGAGCUCAGGUGAUGAACCCGCGGGAUACGGCGGUGCCGUUGCGGUUGGCCCUGAGGGAAGCCUUGAGUUCCAAGGGGCCUUGGAGUUCACCGACAACAAGGCUCAGAGCGGCGGAAGUGGAGGAGCGAUCGCCAACUUCGGCUCCUUGGUUUUCCGGAGGAAGAGCUACUUCUGGUUCAACACCGCCGCAGAGGACGCCAAUGGAGAUGGCGGUUUCGGCGGGGCCAUCUAUGCCGGGUAUGGGUCCACCACCGAGUUUUUCAGGAGGACGAUCUGGUUCUACAGCGAGGCCGCCAGCGGGGGCGCACUCUACAACCUCGGGGAGGUCAUGCUGUACAGCAACGGGUUCAUCAGGGGCAACAAGGCCGUGGGCGGAGCCUAUUUCUCUGGCGGUCCGGGUUCGUCCUUGUCCUAUCACACCGCGCCAAACCUCUUCGACAACUUCGCGUUUCACAGCAACCGGUUUAGGCAAGACGAGAAAGUUUGCUGA